GAAAGAGAGAGAGAGAGAGGACACAGUCAGAUCAACCAGUAAUCACCAUCGGGUCUCACACUGCCAUGGUCUCCGCUCGCAAAACCAACAACGGCGCUUCCUAUUUUCCACCCGGAGUGAAACUUUAAAGUCCCCCCCCCCUAUCCCCCCCCUCCUCCUUAAAAAAAAAAAAAAAAAAAGAAGCCAUGCUGCUGGACGCUACAACAACCCCGCGGAUAUAAACGACUCCGAGGGAGCAGAAAGUAGCUACCACCACCACACCACCGACACCACAAAGAAGAAGCAGGGGUUCUUUUUUUCUUCUUCACGCCCGGAGGGAAAGACGGCAUCCGGCCUGAGAAGAAGCUCCGAGGUCGGGGACUCCGGUCGGAGCAACGCUCAUCGUUUCUGGCCUCCCCUUCCCGAGAGCUCCAUGGAGAAGAUGAAGCGGUUCAAGCGACGUCUCUCUCAGACGCUAAGAGGCAGCCACACCAUCGACGAGUCGCUGUCUGAGCUGGCCGAGCAGAUGACCAUCGAGGAGAACGGCCUGAAGGACAGCGAGCCCAUAGUGAGGAAUGGUCGUCCUCCAUCAGCCCACAGCGUUCACUCCUUCCUACAUCAGUACACAGGCUCCUUUAAAAAGCCGCCGCUGCGACGGCCGCAGAGCGUCAUCGGUGGAGGCCUGGGCUCUCUCAUGGUCAUGCCUCGCAACGGCAGUCGCCUCGAUAUCGUCCAUGAGAACCUGAAAAUGGGGUCAGACGGGGAAAGCGACCAGGCGUCAGGAACUUCCUCUGAUGAGGUGCAGUCGCCCACGGGUGUUUGUCUGAGAAACAGAGGGAACCGACGCAUCUCUGCGGAGGACCUGAACAAACGUCUGUCCCUGCCGGCUGAUAUCCGGAUACCUGACGGUUACCUGGAGAAGCUGCAGCUGAGCAGCCCGCCCUUCGACCAGCCGCUGAGCCGACGCUCCCGAAGAGCGUCACUGUCAGAAAUUGGAUUCGGGAAGCUGGAGACCUAUAUCAAACUGGACAAACUGGGGGAGGGUACGUACGCUACAGUGUUCAAGGGGAGGAGUAAGCUGACAGACAACCUUGUAGCGCUAAAAGAGAUCAGGCUGGAGCAUGAGGAGGGGGCACCGUGCACGGCUAUCCGAGAAGUGUCGUUACUGAAGGACCUAAAACACGCCAACAUUGUGACGCUGCAUGACAUCGUCCACACAGACAAGUCGCUCACACUGGUCUUUGAGUACCUGGACAAAGACCUCAAGCAGUACAUGGACGACUGCGGGAACAUCCUGAGCAUGCAGAAUGUCAAGAUUUUUCUAUUCCAGAUCCUGCGAGGCUUGGCGUACUGUCACAGACGGAAAGUUCUCCACAGAGACUUGAAGCCCCAGAAUCUGCUCAUCAACGACAGAGGGGAGCUCAAACUGGCUGACUUUGGCCUGGCGAGGGCCAAGUCUGUGCCCACUAAAACAUACUCUAACGAGGUGGUAACACUUUGGUAUCGGCCUCCUGACGUGCUGCUGGGCUCCUCCGAGUACUCCACGCAGAUAGACAUGUGGGGUGUGGGCUGUAUAUUCUACGAGAUGGCUGCUGGCAGGCCCCUGUUCCCAGGCUCCACCGUGGAGGACGAGCUGCACCUCAUCUUCAGGCUGCUAGGCACUCCCACAGAAGACAGCUGGCCUGGGAUAUCCUCUAUCGAAGAGUUCAAAUCCUACAAGUUCCCCAAGUACAAGCCCCAGCCGCUCAUUAAUCACGCACCCAGGUUGGACACCGAUGGCAUCGACCUGUUGAUGUCAUUCCUAAAAUAUGAAUCAAAAAAGAGGAUCUCUGCUGAUGAAGCAAUGAGACAGCCGUACUUCAGGAGCCUGGGGCCACGUGUGCACACACUGCCAGAGAACAUAUCCAUAUUCACACUGAAGGAGGUCCAGCUGCAGAGAGAUCCCGGCUACCGGAACUCAUCGUACCCCGAGUCAGGCAACGGAAAGAGCAGAAGGCAAAGCAUGCUGUUUUAGAUUCUCUGGACUGUAUUUUUUUUUUAUUAUUAUUUGGGAAGGAUCUCCUAGCUGUACAGUCUCGCCGAUGGAUCAGUAACCUGAGAUGGAUGUUGGCGUGGAGCACCAUCAUCAUCAUCAUCAUCAUGACUCCCACCACUCCCACUCCCCCAACCACUUGGGGUACUUGUCCACAGUGCGAACCCCCUCCCAGGUUUAGCCUGAACCUGGCCCAAAAGAGACAUUUAUAUACUGUACAUCUAUAUUUAUUGAGAAGAGAAUUUGCUGCUAAAUCCAACUACUGUCUAGAAUUCUAACUGGCUCAGUCACUUUAAUGAGUACAUGCAAUGUGUAUAGAUUUUUAAAUUUUUUUUUUUUUUUUUGAAGUGGUGAUAUUUUUAGUGAUUAUUUUUUGUCAUUAUUUCCAUUUUCAUACAUAAAAACUCCACCUCAAAGCUCUUCAGUGUGUGUAGGUGUGUAAGGCGCACAGACAAACAGAGAGAAAUGUUUCUGUAGCAGCUCAAAAAGAUUUUUUUUUUUUUUUUUUGAUUUUCUGUCUCUGUUGCCACGAUGCUGUUUCUCAGCAGGCACCCAUCAUUUGUGACCAUUAACUCUGAAGGUUUUUGAGGCCAACUUUGAUGUAACUGAUAAUUUUACCCUAAGUGGAGGCUAAUAUGAGAGCAGUGCUGCCAAGCUUGGUGAAAACAGAUCACAUCCUUGUCAGACGCUGGCAUAUCAUUCCAGGAUGCUGUGGUCUCUGUUGUGACCAAUGAACAAAUGCAGGGGGAAAAGAAGGCAAAGUAGAAUUAACAUGGGCAAUAUAGAGAUGGUUACGCCUCCUAAAUUCUUCAGAAAACCUAAAUAUUUAACUGCAGUGACCGGCCUCCUCGUCCUUGUUCUUUUUCCACCUCAAGUCUCCUCCGAUCUGUUACAAAGAAAAGGUGCAAAGUGAAGUUGGUGUUCUCCUUGCUGCCAUUCCCAUCUCCAUCAACUGUUUAAAAAAAAAACAAACAAAAAAAAAAUCCUUUUUUUCUGGAUUGCCUCCAUUAUUGUGUUGCAUGCCUGCUCUGUUGUAUGAGGAAGCACACAGCCACUGAACUCCUAAUUCAGGGAGAACUAGCUAUAGUCCUGCCCCUAGUGAAUACGAUACUGAGUCACAGUCUAUUUAACAGUGUUACAAGAUAUGUUUUGUAUGAUAUUCUUUAACUUUAUUUGUGGAUAAUUGUUAUUGGUGUGGGAUUCCGUUGCAGAUGCCCUCCCAUGAGUUUUUUUUUUUUUUUUUCCAGAGUAAAAAUUAAAUUUAAAGUUUAAACAGAAA